CGUUUAUAACUGGCUUGAUGUCGAUAACUGCAAACCACACUGGACUUAAUUUGUCUUGGCUAAGCAGAGAUCAGAUUCAGACGCCACAGAAGUGAGACAAAGCCAUGACUCCUCGCCUGUUGUGCAUGGCCGUCCUAGUCCUGGCGGCUCACCUGGCACUCACCAAAGCUGCCGUCCGUGUUUGGGGCAUCCAAGCCUCUGGUCUGGAAGGCGACCCCACAGGACCCCCUGACCCAUACAUCAAGGUGUGGUGCGGCUCUUCUUUCGGCGGCAUGACCGAGUUCUACAGGGACACUCGACGGCCUUCGUGGAAUGCAGAGUUCCGCUUCUCCAAUUGCAAAGCCAAUGACAUCCUGAAGCUGGAGGUGUGGGACAAAGAUCUUAACUUGGACGACCACCUGGGCACCUGCACCACGCAGGUGCAGCGUGGCUUGAACCGUAAUAAAUCCUGUCGUGUGGGCAAAGGCAGUCUGACAUACAGCUACCAAACAUCAUGAACAUUAUGUUAGCUUCACUGCUAAGUGCUUGCUCCAGCAGUUUUGUCUUUCACCCCAACUAAAGAUCAAUUAAAAAUCUGAUUUUCCACCAA